AAAUGGGUGGGAAAUAGAAGCUACUUAAGGUGUGACAAUCAUGUCUUCACGAAACAAAAAGUAAAGAAAUUUACAUUCAAAAUUCGAAAUGUUUCUUUUGGACACACAAAACCCAAAUAAACAUAUUAUUCUUAAAAAUGCACCUCAGAGCAAUCUGGCCCUUUUAUAAACAAGUUGACGUUGUGCUUCAAAAUGCAAUACAUUCUUCCACACAUUUAACCAUUUACGCUCCCCCUCCCUCCCCUCACACAGACAGCAGAAACUCCAAACGGUAUAUGACUUUAAAGGCAGCUCCAUAGAAAAGACUGGAUUUCGACCCCCACCCGUUCAUGUUCCGUUGUAAACUUCACAACACGUAAUAAAUAUCUGGCAUUAAGUGUACAGCUUGCUAAUUCACACAAAUGUAUCAACACUCCUUCAUAAUACAAAACAAAACAAACAAAAAGACAAAAACAAUGGAAUUAAACUUGUUCUGUGAGAGGAAGGAUACAGACUGCAUUGUUAAGGAAAAUAAACGAACACUACGUGUGUGUAUGCGUGUAUGUAUUUAUGUAUGUGUGUGUAUACAGCUUGUGGAUGUGUUUGACCUUAAUAAAUGUUUCUCACAUUCUCAGAGAGAGAGAGACACUGGAGUCCACUGGAAAGAGAACACAAGCAUUUCAUACUGAACACACUUAAAGUCAAACUAUCCGCUGUCGGGCUUCAGAAACAACGUGUCAAUAGGUUUCGCGAGUGGGGCAGCAGAAGGAGGUCAAGAAAAAAGGCAUCAAAACCCACUGAGGACCAAAAACCAGCUCCUGAACCCGCAGAGAGUGUACAGACCCCCUCUAAGCCCACCGAGCCGUGCUGGACCAUCCCGACCGUGAGGAAACAGCUGGCCAUCGGCAUCAACGAGGUCACCAAAGGCCUGGAGAGGAAUGAACUGAGUUUGGUGCUCGUGUGUAAUUCGGUAAGGCCAGCACACAUGACGUGCCAUUUAAUCCCGCUGAGUAAAACGAGGUCGGUGCCCGCCUGCCAGGUGCCCAGCCUGAGCGAGAGUCUCGCGGGGCUGCUGGGUCUCAAGUGCGUCCUGGCGCUGGGAUUCAAACGCGGCGCCGAGGUGUUCGAGGAUGUGGUCCGCGCGAUCACACCUGUGGUUCCGCCGCUCAAAGUGGCUUGGAUUCCGACGGAUUCAAAAGCGAAAGCCGAGGAAAAGCUGGCCGACACGUUAAAGGGGCAGAAAAGGAAAUUAGAAGAAAUGUCGGAUGAAGCCACUGACUCGUCGCCUUUAAUCCUCCAGCCUCUGAAAGUAAAGAAAAUCAUCCCGAAUCCUACGAAAACCAGAAAGCCGAAAAAGAAAGGAAAGCAAAAGUGCUCAACAAGUGUUUAACCUGUGCUCUAUGAACGCAGGUUACUAUAUAGUGUGUUUGGACAGAUGUGAAUUGUUUAGUAUAUUUUUAUGGAUAUAAAUAGGAAAAAGACCGAGAUGAAUUGUUUUGUAUUUUGGAUGCUUUUAUUCAGUCAAAUAUCCAUGCUGGUAUACCUUGAUGUAUAUUUUUGUCAAUUAUAUAUUUAGGUGAACUAUCAUGUUUGACAUGGUGCUGGUACUUAUUCCCAUCAGUUCCAACCUGCAAUGGAGUUCAAUAAAAAUACUGUCUUGAGAAAGAGAAAGCUGAUCAUUUAAAACUACACAAUUUGACAUUUAAAAAAACAACCUCUCUGAAAUAAGGCAAGUACUUCGGGUGUUCUAACCAUAACCCACAAGUUCUCAAACCAUACAGAUUGGAAAAAAAGUUUCAUGCUCAUUUCAUACAGCA